UCAACAGUCCAAGUGGCUUAAUCUACUCGGCGCCUUUCAUUUAUGUGUGCUUAAAUGAAAGAACUGGACAUGCAGAAAGCAAUAUACGAGGACAAGAAGCCACUUAGGACUAUCAAUGCAUUCGUCAUCAUUGAGUAAAUGCGCAGUCAGACUCAUUUUAGGCUGCAUGCAGUCGUGAGCAGGCGAGAAAUUACGUCAGUCCAGAACAUGAAUAGCCCCGUAUACUUUUGUUAGCGUAUAACUAUAGAACGGAAGUUUAGCUGCCUGUUUGCCUAUUCACCCGUUGACAGUCGUCGCCAAUAGGACAGCUAAAUGAUGUGCUCAAGAAGAUACAUUGUAGAGAAGCGGAAUCUCAGACAACAUUGAGACGUUGAAACAAUAACUUGGAGAUGGCGAGUGACGACCGGGUGGCCAUCUUGACGGAUGACGAGGGGUAUCAGAGGAGGAAGUUUGUCCUGGCAGAACCCUUCAACACCCUGGAGCAGAUACCGUCGGGCGCGGGCCCCACCUCUACCUCCCAAGGUCCAGAGUCUCCCCCCACAGACACACCUGACUCCCCCUCCUCCAACCCCAGCCAUGACUGCCUGGAGAGGAACUGCGUGCGGAUCGACAACCACCUCCUCAUUUCCAAGGUCUUCUAUUUCUUUUUUUAUGCAGCCUAUGGGUCCCUACACCCGCUGCUGCCUGUCUACUACAAGCAGCUAGGGAUGACUCCCAGUCAGAGCGGCCUGCUGGUCGGGAUCCGGUACUUCAUCGAAUUCUGUAGCGCCCCCUUUUGGGGGGUUGUGGCGGACCGCUUCAAGAAGGGCAAGGUGGUGCUAGUGUUCUCCGUUUUCUGCUGGCUGGUGUUCAACUGCGGCAUCGGCUUCAUCAAGCCUGCCUCCAUGACGUGCGUGGAGAGGAAACCCACAGUCGCACGCCGCACCAGCCCCGCCCACCUCGGUCCGCCAGCCAAUUACAGCAGGGACCGCAGGGCUGUGAUUGGAGACUUGUUUUCCCUCCCUACGAAUGUACGCGGUUUGGCAUCAGACUCAGUUAGUGGCGGUCCCCUGCACAGGUAUGUGAGGAGCGAUGGUGGUAAUGUCACUGGACCCAGCACUGUCACAGGACCUGUACCUUCCCCCACCAUCACCACAACAUCAUCUUCCCCCUCCACCACCCCCACUACAACAACAACAACAACAACAGCCACCUCAAAACCCGCCUCAAAUCUAACCACAACCAAACCAACCAUCACAACCGCCAUUCCCAAAGUCUACGACAUAAUCUCCGACCACGACCAGGUGGAGGCCAUCUUCCUCCUGAUCCUGCUUGUCGUCAUCAUCGGCGAGUUCUUCAGUGCUCCGGCUGUGACCAUAGUGGACACGCGCACCCUGCAGUACCUGGGCCCCCACCGGGACCGCUAUGGCCUGCAGAGGAUGUGGGGCUCCCUGGGCUGGGGCCUGGCCAUGCUCUGCGUGGGCAUCUGGAUCGACCAUACCCACAUCAAACUCUUCAUCCAGGGCACCGGCUGCAUUGUGCCCGACUACAAGAACUACCAGAUAGCCUUUAUUGUCUUUGGAGUCCUGAUGGCCGUGGCUUUGAUAGUGUGUACACAGUUCUACUUUGAGAGGAGUACUAGUGACCACCGGCCAAUGGAGGCCCAGCUGGAGGAGGAUAAGAGACAGGAGGCGGAGUCUCCUCAAACUUCCAGUGGCGUUUCAUCUCCCGAAGGGCAUGCGGUGGAAUCAUUAGAAUCCCAAAGUGUCGUCAGCCAGCCGUUUCUUUACCAGGACCUCAUUCGGCUGCUGUGCAGCGUGCAGUACGGCUCAGUGCUCUUCGUGGCCUGGUUCAUGGGAUUCGGCUACGGCUUUGUGUUCACGUUCCUCUACUGGCACCUGGAGGACCUGAAAGGGACCACCACGCUAUAUGGAGUGUGCUCGGUGCUGAGCCACAUCUCAGAGCUAGUCGCCUACUUCACCAGCCACACGCUCAUCGAGCUGGUUGGCCAUAUAAGGGUGCUGUACAUCGGUCUGGCCUGCAACACAGCUCGCUACCUGUACAUCUCCUACCUGGAGAAUGCCUGGAUCGUCCUGCCCAUGGAGGUCCUUCAGGGUGUGACCCAUGCCUCAGUGUGGGCAGCUUGUAUCUCCUACCUCAGUGCUGCGGUGCCUCCAGAGCUGAGGACCUCUGCCCAGGGUAUCCUCCAGGGCCUGCAUCUGGGGCUGGGCCGGGGCUGUGGGGCCAUGGUGGGGGGAGUCUUCGUCAACUUUUUUGGAGCGGCUCACACCUUCAGUGGGAUUGGAAUGUCCUCCCUCGUCAUCCUCCUCCUCUUCGCUCUCAUCCAGUGGCUGGCUGUGCAGAGUGGGGACGAAGAUCCCAGAAUGCUGGCGGAGAACAUCCCGGUUCCCUCCAGCCCUGUUCCCAUAGCGACCAUAGAUGUUAUCCAAUCAAAUAACGCAGAAGCCACAAUGACACCACCGAGGAAGACCAAGCACCAGGAGGAUCAGGAGGACGUGAGCAAGCCCGCCUGGGUGGUGUCCGCCUCACCCUGGGUCACCCUGGCCUUCGCCCUGCACCAGAUCAGACAGACGGCAAUCCUUGCCAGGAGCAGCCCUGCCAACAACCAUCAGCCGCUGCAGGAGAUAAAUGAUAUCAGCACAGAUGAACCAACAGAGGAAACCUCCCCAUCCCUAGACCCUCCCAGCAAGUCCCCCCCAGACUGGCCCCUCUCAAGUAGGAGCCCCACUCCCUGACCAGGACCCCUCUACGCCUGCUGACCAACCACCCCUCUCCACUGGCCACACACAGUAGGGGAUUGGAAAGAGGGGACACGUUGCACAUUGAGGAACUGCCCUAAAAUGUUUUCCUCCCAAGCAACACCAAGUCAAGGGGUGGCCCAUGUACAGCCAGGUAGUCCAGCUAAAAGAGAGAGAGAGAGAGGGAGGGAGUAUGAUUUUACAGACUGGACAGAAGAGAAAUACAGACCAAAAUGAAGGAGGUUGAAUUCGUCCUCUUAGCAGACAUGUCUUAACAAGUGCCUUUAGGGAUCUGAGGAAAAGCGCUUGCCUUGAAUGAUCUAUUGUUACUCUGUCAUGUGGACAUCAAAAGAGUAACAGAGUUUUAUUUAUUUUACUUAUAGUGGAAGUCUGGGAUAGUGGGUUCGAUUGAAUAAGGCUCCAUUUGUUUCGCUGGCCCUUAAAGUGCCGCAGUGCUGUUGUAGGUUGGUGAUUCACGCUCAUGUAGCAGCAGUGACACACUCAAUCUAAAUAGCUGUGUGUAAUGGCUGCUUUGCGUGAUGUGGACGGUAGAGAUUCCUCUUUCAUAAAGUUUAGGAGCAAAAUUCAAAUAGGCAAACGUUGUGGAACGUUGCAGAUAGCAACUUUAUUAAUAUGGGCUCCCGACUGGCGCAGGGGUCUAAGGCACUGCAUCUCAGUGCUUGAGGCGUCACUACAGACCCCCUGGUUCGAUUCCAGGCUGU